UCGGAGAAUUCAGAGAGCAGCCAAUGAGCUUGAAGCCAGCGAGGAUUUAAACCAAGACGCUGAAUCUAAAAAAGUACACCGCAGCAUUCACCAUUACGACUCUUCCUUUGCUUUGUGGGAGCAACGCACACUUUGAAAUGGCUCUUCGAGUGACUAGAAACCGCUUGGCUUCUACCAGGAAUGAGCUCGCCGGAAAGGCCUGCUCGGUGGCCGGGCCCGCACAGAAGCCUCGGGCCGCCCUGGGAGAAAUUGGAAACAUCGCAGCAAAUAAAGAAGUACAGAAAAAGAAUGUCAAGACGGAAGCUACCAAGAAGACCAAAGUCGCCGCCAAAGUUGAGAAAGCCGAACCGCCGAAACCUGUCGUGGUUCCUGAGCCUGAGGUGCAGGUUGUACCUGAACCAGCAUCACCCACCCCGAUGGAGACUUCUGGCUGUGAGCCUGCUGAGCUCUGUCAGGCGUUUUCAGAUGUUAUGCUUCACACCGCCGUCAGGGAUGUAGAUGCAGAGGAUCACGACAACCCGAUGCUCUGCAGCGACUACGUGAAGGACAUCUACAAGUAUCUCCGUCAGCUUGAGAUCGAGCAGAACAUCAGACCCACUUAUCUGAAGGGUCAGGAGGUGACUGGAAACAUGCGAGCCAUCCUCAUCGACUGGCUGGUGCAGGUGAAUUUGAAGUUCCGUCUGCUGCAGGAGACGAUGUACAUGACUGUAGGAAUCAUCGAUCGCUUUCUUCAGGACCACCCAGUCCCCAAGAAGCAGCUGCAGCUGGUUGGUGUGACGGCCAUGUUUCUCGCCUCCAAGUACGAGGAGAUGUAUCCCCCAGAGAUCUCCGACUUCGCCUACGUGACCGACAGGGCCUACACCACCGCCCAGAUCCGAGACAUGGAGAUGACCAUCCUGCGGGUGCUGAAGUUCAAACUGGGCCGUCCUCUUCCCCUGCAGUUCCUCAGACGGGCCUCAAAGAUUUAUGAGGUUACAGCUGAGCAACACACCCUGGCAAAGUACCUCCUGGAGCUCACCAUGGUCGACUAUGAGAUGGCUCAUUUCCCACCUUCCAUGGUGGCGAGUGCUGCUUUGGCGCUUACGCUCAAGGUUUUGGAUGCAGGCGAAUGGGACGCCACACUGCAGCACUACAUGGACUACACAGCAGAGAGUUUGAUUCCUGUUAUGGCUCACAUUGCCAAGAAUGUCGUCAGAGUGAAUGACGGUCUGACUAAGCACAUGGCCAUCAAAGGCAAAUACUCGACCUCGAAGCAGAUGAGAAUCGCCACCAUCUCGCAGCUCAAGUCCUCGGUGGUGAAGGAUCUUGCGAAGCAGCUCACUCAGUCUGAAACUUGUGGCAGGAUUUCAAAAUGGUCGAUCGUGUACAAGGGUCCUGUGGACAGAUGACACUUUUAAGUCUUUUUCUUUUGAUGGGAUUCUUUUCUUGUGUGUGGAAGUGAAUAUGUACAGCAAUACUUUUUAAAAUGAUUUUUACUUUCUUAAAUGUCUUGUUCUUAAAGCUUCUAUUAAAUGGUUUUCACCAGAAAAA